UGUGCAACACACGAACAUUUUGUCGAAUUGUCGGCAUAAAUUUGAUUGUAGCAGUUUUCCCCGGCGUGGGGGCAAAAGCUACAGACAUUGGGCGAAUUACGAGUAAGCACGCCAAAGUGACCGUCUCGCAAAGAAGUCCUCCGACUCCAGGGCGAGAUCGCCAAAGAACGGUCACUUCUAAUGAUAUGAACAACACAAUGAACCAUGUAAAUGACAAGCUAAACAACCACACGGAUCAUGAACAAAUGGAAACCGAUCAGAUCAAGGAGGAUAGUCAAAAUGGAAAUGACACAGUUAAUAAUGCUGUCAAUGGUGGUUUGGAAGAGGCGGGUGCGGUUAAUCAAGAUGAAGAAAUGACUGAAGAUGAAUGUAGAGCAGAAGCGUUAUUUCGCCAUACGUUUGAUAAUAUCAGUAAAUUAAAAGAAUCUAUGUAUAGUCCAGCUGUUAUGAUUCGUAACUUACCAUGGAAAAUGAUGAUACAGAUGAGAAGUAACCAAACCUCAGAAAGACAGAAAAGUUUUGCUUUUUUCCUUCAAUGCAAUGCAGAAUCUGAUUCACCCUCCUGGUCAUGCCAUGCUGUAGCAGAGUUAAAGAUAGUCAAUCAAAAGAAUGAAGCUGAUUCAUAUACUAGAAAAAUUCAACAUUUAUUUACAUGUAAAGAAAAUGAUUGGGGUUAUACUCACUUCUUGGCCUGGAACGAAUUGUUAGAUCCUGAGAAAGGCUAUGUUAAAGAUGAUAAAUUAGUAUUAGAAGUUUCUUGUAAAGCUGAUGCCCCACAUGGUGUAAGCUGGGAUUCUAAGAAACAUACAGGGUUUGUAGGAUUAAGAAAUCAAGGUGCUACAUGUUAUAUGAAUUCUUUAUUACAAACCUUGUUCUUUACCAAUAAACUUAGACAAGCUGUAUAUUUAAUGCCUACAGAAGGAGAUGAUUGUACUAAAAGUGUAGCUUUAGCUUUACAAAGAGUAUUCUAUGAAUUACAGUUUAGUGAUAAACCUGUAGGAACAAAAAAAUUAACCAGAUCAUUUGGGUGGGAAACUCUUGAUUCUUUUAUGCAACAUGAUGUUCAAGAGUUAUGUAGAGUGUUGCUGGACAACAUAGAAAUUAAAAUGAAGGGUACCUGUGUUGGUGGUACUAUACCUAGUCUAUUUGAAGGCAAGAUGUUGUCUUAUAUUAGAUGUAAACAUGUUAAUUAUUGUUCUCAAAAAGAAGAAACAUUUUUUGAUAUCCAGUUAAAUGUUAAAAGUAAAAAGUCAGUAAAUGAAUCAUUUAAAGAAUAUGUUACAGUAGAAACUUUAGAUGGUGAUAAUAAAUAUGAUGCAGGAGAAUAUGGCUUACAGGAAGCUGAAAAAGGUGUCAUUUUUCUGAAAUUUCCUCCUGUAUUACAUUUACACCUUAUGAGAUUUAUGUAUGAUCCUCUCACAGAUACCAAUAUCAAAAUAAAUGAUAGGUUUGAAUUCCCAGAGAGGUUACAUUUAGAUGAGUUUCUACAAAGUAAAGAAGAGACUCCAGCUAUAUAUAUUUUACAUGCAGUACUUGUACAUAGUGGGGACAAUCAUGGUGGGCAUUAUGUUGUAUAUAUUAAUCCUAAAGGAGAUGGCAAGUGGUGUAAAUUUGAUGAUGAUGUAGUAUCUCGGUGUACCAAAUCAGAAGCUAUAGAACAAAAUUUUGGUUGUCAUGAUGAAGAUAUGACUAUUAGAUAUUGUACUAAUGCUUAUAUGUUGGUUUAUAUUAGAGAGAGUCAUUUAAAUGAAUGCCUCCUACCUAAUGGUGAUUUAGACAUUCCAGAAUCUUUAGAAGAAAGGUUGCAAGAAGAAAGGAGAGUAGAUGCUCAGAAACGUAAAGAGAGAACUGAGGCCUAUUUAUAUAUGAAUGUUCAAGUUUUAUUAGAAGAUCAUUUCUAUGGUCAUCAAGGCAAUGACUUGUUUGAUACUGAGAGAGUCAAUUAUCGGGUAUUUAAAGUCAAGAAAUCAUACUCUAUAUUAGAAUUUAUGGAAAUGUUAUCUGAAAACCUGAACUAUCCUUUAAACCAAAUACGAUUAUGGCCACUAGAACCAAGACAAAAUCAAACAAUACGUCCAUCAUGGUUUGACACUGAGGUGGAUUUAAAUAAAAAUAUCAUGGAAGCAGCUAAAAAUGAAUGUCCAUGGACAGUAUUUGUAGAAACAUUAAGUCCUGAAAGUGGAUUAAAAGAAUUACAACCAUUUGAUAAUGAGAGUGAUGUCAUAUUGUUUUUAAAGAUGUAUGAUCCUAGAACUAAAUCUCUCUCAUAUUGUGGUCAUAUUUAUGUGCCAAUUUCAGCUAAAGUGGUUGAACUUGUACCUGAACUAAGAAAAAGAGCUGGUUUUCCACCUGAUACACCACUUCUAAUAUACGAGGAAGUUAAACCAAACUAUACAGAGAAAAUAGCUAAUUUAAAUCUGCCCAUAGAUAAGUCAUUAGAAGAAUUAUUAGAUGGUGAUAUACUAGUAUUUCAACGUAGUGAUCUCGAUAUGGAAUCUUUUGAUUUACCAACUGCUAAAGAUUAUUUCAAAGAUUUAUACUAUCGAGUUGAGGUUACAUUCUGUGAUAAAACCCUUCCUAAUGAUCCAGGCUUUACCUUAGUGCUUUCUCAAAAAAUGGGGUAUGAUCAAAUGGCAAAUAGUGUAGCAGCACAUCUUGGUACAGACCCUUAUCUUAUACAGUUCUUUAAGUGUCAGAGUUAUAGAGAUCUUCCUGGUAAUGCAGUAAGAUGUACAUUUGAGGGCACAUUGAAAGAUUUAUUGAUGUAUACAAAACCACGGCAGCCCAAAAAAAUCUUCUAUCAACAGUUAAGUAUUAAAAUUAAUGAAUUAGAAAAUAAACGGCAGUUCAAGUGUACUUGGUUGAAUAGUAAACUAAAGGAAGAGCAAGAAUUGAUAUUAUAUCCUAAUAAAACUGGUAGGGUUAGUGAUCUAUUAGAAGAAGCUAAAAAACAUGUAGAAUUAGAUCCAGAAAAUGGCUCAGGGAAACUAAGAUUAUUAGAUAUUAUAAGUUAUAAGAUAUUAGCUGUUCAAAAAGAAUUUACAACAUUAGACACAUUUAACCCGGCUGCUGGUACUAAAACAUAUCGUAUUGAAGAAAUCCCCAAAGAUGAAGAUGAACUAGCUGAUGAUGAACUUCUUAUUCCAGUGGCACAUUUUCAGAAGGAAAUCUAUUCAACCUUUGGUGUUCCUUUCUUAUUAAAGGUCAAAAAUAAUGAACCUUUUACAGCAGUUAAGAAACGAAUACAAAAGAAAUUAGAAAUUCCUGACAAAGAAUAUGAAAAAUAUAAGUUUGCUAUUGUUAUGUUGGGUAAACAAGAUUAUAUACCAGAUGAUGAUCAAGAUCUCCGUGUUACUUUAUCUCAAUUUAGACCCCAUACCAUGCCAGGUGGUGGCAUGCAGGCCCGUCCAUGGCUGGGAUUAGAUCAUGUCAAUAAAAUUCCAAAAAGAACUCGUUAUAAUUACAUAGAAAAAGCCAUCAAAAUUCACAAUUGAAAACUUUUUUCUUUUUAAACAAGUGCUGUGUUUAUGUUGCAACAGUUCUUUAUGUAAUUGAUGCAUUUGUUUAACAGUUGUUCUUUGAAUAGUGUAUGAUAUAUGGCGUCGAUGCCAUUCUGUAGUUCUGGUGCCAUGAUAUGUGGAGAGAGAAGAUGAUAUUGCAUGAAAUCAGGUCCACUCUAGAUUUAAAUAUUUAUGUCACAUGCUAGAAGGAGAAUAUAUAUUAUAUGUAUAUUAGGAUUGAAUUCUCAACUAUGGUUGUUUUAAAACUUAUCAAGAAUUACCAUGUUCUGUAAAGAACAAUUAUAAACUAAACGAUAUUGGAUCAUUAAUAUCACCUAUUUUUGGAAUGACCUCUGUGUUUAUCUAUAUAUGGAUGUGGAAGAAUAACGUUUUAUUCAGUGCAUGAUCAACUGAAUAAAGAGAAACUCGCUGCGAGUGAUCUUUAAUAAGUAUUCUAUCAUUGUAGUCAACAUUUUUAAUUUAUAGACUUCUAUCAACACCUUACCACUAUGUUACAUUUGAUAAGUUAAUGAUAGUGUGCAUAGAUUUCAGUAUUUAGUACAUGUACCUGUAUCACUUAUCAUAAUGUACAUUCAAGGUACAUGUAUAGGCACAAAUUGCUAAACCCUUAUGAUAAUCAAGAGGAAAUUUUCUUGAUACUCAAUGUUAAGUUGGGAUUCCCUUUGAUUCUUAUUAGUCUUAUAAUUUUGGCAUUGUCGUCUGCACUGGUUUGACAGCCACCAAUGUUUGAUUUUCCAAGAUGAUAUCACAACUUUAUUCAAGUUAUGAUGAGGUCAAUUGAUUCAUAAAAAAAUAUAAUUUAUUUGAAUUUUGAGUUCCAAAUCUUCAUUGUUACUAUUUAUUUUACAUAUUAAGAAAUUUUCUAAAAUUCUAAUUCAGUUCUAAAUUGUUAUUAGUUAAUCUUGCUUUCAUUUGUGUUUUUGUUUAAGAAUUUUCUAAGUCAUUUGUUAUUUUAAAUUAACAGCAAAAAAUGUUGUUUAGUGUCUGCACUAUAUGGAAAAAUAGUAAAUGAUUAUAAUUAUAAAUUGCUUACUAAGAGUGUUGUGAAUUCUGUUGUUUUGUAUAUACUUGUAAAAAAAAAUUCACAGUGCUAAGAUCUUAACUUAUCAAAUGUGACAUCAAUUCUACCAUUAUUAUUGAAUGUUUUUACUGUGAUGAUGGAAUUGUAAUACUGAUUUUAGAUACAUAAACUCAGUUACUGAGUUUGAGUAAAUGCUCAAA